UUACACACACACACACACACACACACAGUCCGGCUAUAGCCCCAAAAACACACACACACCUCAUCAUUUCACCAGCAUCAAGUCACACACACACACACGCGCGCGCGCCCUCGUAGCUGAGGUGUGAGGAUACAGGAGCCGGUCCACAGACGUUACCAAACCAGAAGGUCACGUCCAUGUUCCUGCUGGCGCUUUGUCGAAACAACUUGGAAAACAGCGAUAUGCCAGUGAUUUACAGUAAUCCCAUUGGUUUGGCCGCCAAAGAGAACGCGGUUUUGAACAACCAUCUGAAGACAAACUGUGGCGCUUGGAGUUGAUUCCUCACAGUGUGGAUCCAGACUUCACCUUGUCCACGACCCCAACUGCUGUUGAAUUUGGGGGGAAAAAAAGGCUUUUACCAUGGCACACUCGACCGCUGACGGGAAUAUGGUGUGGGUGUCAGGCUCCGGAGCUGCACUAUUGAUAUUCUUGAGUCACAUGACUUCAGCGCUAGAAGUGCCCCUUGAUCCUAAAGUACUGGAAGGAUUGCCUCAGCCCCCGACUAUAACGCUGCAGUCCCCAAAAGAUUACAUCUUCGAUCCGCGGGAGAACAUCGUCAUCCACUGUGAGGCCAAGGGGAAGCCGCAUCCCUUCUUCUCCUGGACGAGAAAUGGGACCCACUUUGAUGUUGAGAAAGACUCCAAGGUCCUGAUGAAGCCCGGUUCAGGAACUCUGGUCAUUGACAUCAGUGGGGAGAAAGCGGAGGCUUACGAAGGGACGUACCAGUGUACAGCCCAUAAUGACCACGGCACGGCUGUAUCCAACAACUUUGUCAUCAGGCAGUCCAGGUCCCCCCUGUGGUCAAAGGAAAGAAAUGACGCCAUCACUGUGCAGAGAGGGGUUUCCCUGGUGCUGCAGUGCCGGCCCCCUGCUGGGCUGCCGCCUCCUCUUAUACUCUGGAUGGAUAACAACCUUCAGAAGCUCCCGCUGGAUCAGCGCGUGUCCCAGGCCCUGAACGGAGACCUGUACUUUGCCAACGUUCUCCCAGAAGACACCAGGAGCGACUACAUCUGCUACGCCCGCUUCCCUCACACACGGACCAUCCAGCAGAAACAGCCCAUUUCAGUCACUGUGCUCGACAACAGACCGGAGGGGGAGCAUCGCCCGGGUUUCAUGUUGCCUCUGGGCCCCGCUAGCACCCAGAUGGUUCUGAGAGGAGAGACUCUGGUACUGGAGUGCAUCGCUGAGGGCUUGCCCACUCCAGAGAUCUCAUGGCAGAAGGAUGGAGGCGAACUGAUGAGCAGCAGGAUUUCCUUGCACAACUUCAAAAAAAUGCUGAAGAUUUCUGAUGUGAACGAGGCUGAUGCUGGAGAUUACCGCUGCACGGCCACAAACAAACUGGGAACUGCGCACCAUGUCAUCAAGGUCACUGUUAAAGCGGCUCCUUUCUGGAUCAGUGCCCCCAGGAACCUGAUCCUCGCCCCAAAUGAGACUGGCAUUGUGACUUGUCGAGUCAAUGGAGAACCCAAGCCACAGAUUAGCUGGUUUGUCAACGGAGUCCCCAUAGCAAAUACUCCUGAGGACAAGAGUCGCAAAGUGGAGGACGACACUGUGAUCCUCAGCACUGUGCAGUCAGGAUCCAGCGCUGUCUACCAGUGUAAUGCAUCCAAUGAGUUUGGCUACCUGAUGGCCAACGCUUUUGUCAGUGUUCUUGCUGAACCACCGAGAGUGCUCACUCCACCCAACCAAGUGUACCAGGUCAUCACCAACAACCCGGCGCUCCUUCACUGCUCCUCCUUUGGCUCACCAUUACCGACCAUCACAUGGUUCAAAGACAGUCAGACCAGCGUUAAGGAUGGAGACCAGUAUGUGAUUCAUGAAAAUGGUACGCUGGAGAUCCACGUGGCCCAGCCACUAAACAGUGGAAAAUACACCUGCAUUGCCACCAACAACCUGGGGAUCAAGGAGAACCAUGUUUUCCUGGAAGUUAAAGAGCCCACACGCAUCCUGAGGCAGCCAGAGUACAAGGUGGUGCAGAGAGGAAUGAGCGCUGUGUUCGAGUGUAAAGUCAAACACGACCACUCCCUCGUUCCCACCAUGACGUGGCUGAAAGACAAUGCAGAACUGCCGGACGAUGGAAGGUUUGCGGUGGACACAGACCGUCUGAACAUCAAAGAUGUGACCAGUGAAGACGAGGGUACCUAUACCUGCAUCGUCAACACAACUCUGGACCGAGACUCAGCCAGUGCCAUGCUGACCGUUGUUGAGGCAACUCCUACUCCGGCUAUUGUCUACGAGAAACCUGACCCUCCAACUGACCUAGAAUUGACGGACCAAACAGACAGGAGUGUUCAGCUCACCUGGAUCCCUGGUGACGACCACAACAGUCCCACUCAGAAGUUCUUGAUCCAAUAUGAGGAUCUACUGCACCAGCCAGGAACCUGGAACAACCUGACUGAUGUUGCAGGCACGAGCACCACAGCACAAUUAAACCUCUCUCCGUUCGUCUACUACUCUUUCCGAGUACUGGCUCUAAAUCAUGUGGGCUACAGUGACCCCAGCCAGCCCUCGCGCCAAUACAGGACCAACCCUGCAGCUCCUGAUGAAAACCCAUCUGAUGUCCAGGUAGUAGGAACAGAACCUGGCAGCCUUGUCAUUUCCUGGACACAACUGACAGGACUCCAGUCCAAUGGACCGGGUUUGGAGUACAAAGUGCAGUGGCGACAGAAGGACACGGACACAGACUGGUCAUCGCAAAAUGUGGCCAACGACUCCAAGUUCAUCAUGACUGGAACUCCAACCUUUGUGCCGUUUGAAAUUAAAGUCCAAGCUAUAAAUGAUUAUGGCAGCGGACCUGAGCCUGAAUUAGUGGUUGGGUACUCUGGAGAAGACUUGCCACUGUCUGCACCUGAGAGCAUACAGGUCAUGGUCAAUAACGGUACACUAGCAGAAGUACACUGGGAACCUGUGUCUCCCAAUUCAGUGAGGGGGAACCUGCAGGGAUACAAGGUAUUCUACUGGCGUGAACGCGGCUUGCAUGAGACUGAGGAGGAGAAGGAUCAUAAGGAGCAGGUUUUGAUGUUCAGUGGGAACCGUAGCGAGGGGCGUCUACCAGGCCUCCAGCCUUACAGCCUCUACAAACUCUUCAUCAAGGUCUUUAACAGCAAAGGAGAUGGGCCUCCGAGCCCCAACAAGACAUUUGAGACACCUGAGGGAGUCCCAGGGUCUCCAUCUUUUCUGAACAUCGUCAGCUCCAGUUUGGACUCAAUAACUCUGGAAUGGGGUCCACCAAAAAACAGCAAUGGACGCCUUGCUGGAUAUACAUUAAAAUAUCAAGCAGUCAACAACACCAAUGAAGUGGGUCCAGCCAAAUACAUGAAUUUCCUUGCCAACGAGACCAGAAUCACUCUGGGAAAUCUGAAUGCCAGCAUGCUCUACAAGUUUUACUUAAGUGCAAAGACAAUCAAGGGCUCUGGGCACAUCAUCACUGAGGAAGGUUUCACAGUCAUGGACACAGCUCAUACUCAGCCCACAGUAGAGCCGGGCAAAGGCCCCACAGAGCCCCCUCACACAACUUCCCCCAUCACUCAGUCUCCACAUUCCCCGUUACACAAGGCACCUCCCGUAGGCCCCGUGUUUGGCACAGUUAACACGUCUGUAUCCGAAGAAGGUGCCGCGAUCAGUUGGGAAUACUCCGGACACCAUAAGAAUAUCUAUGUGGAAUAUAUUGUAGAAAACAGUAAAGAGGACUGGAAAAAGGAGUUGGUAAACGGUUCACACUCGCAUAUGAUAAAAGGUUUAAAGCCGGGGACGUCCUAUAGGGUGCGUGUGGUAGCUAGAGACCCGACUGAUGCGACAAUCCACAGCACAGACGAAGUGUUGGUUACAGUGCCAGCUGUACCCAGUCGGCAGGUAGACAUUGCCACCCAGGGCUGGUUUAUUGGACUGAUGUGUGCCAUCGCGCUUCUCAUUUUGGUCCUCCUCAUAGUGUGCUUCAUCAAGAGGAACAAAGGUGGAAAAUAUCCAGUUAAAGAGAAAGAAGAGGCUCACCAAGACCCUGAGAUCCAGCCCAUGAAGGAGGAUGAUGGGACAUUUGGAGAAUACAGUGACACAGAAGACCACAAGCCGCUGAAAGGAAGCCGGACGCCGUCCAAUGGGACGGUGCGCCGGGACGAGAGCGACGACAGCCUGGUGGACUACGGGGAGGGCGGGGACGGACAGUUCAACGAGGACGGCUCCUUCAUUGGCCAGUACAGCGGCAAGAAGGAGAAGGACACGCACGAAGGCAACGAGAGCUCGGAGGCGCCCUCGCCCGUCAACGCCAUGAACUCGUUCGUCUAAAAGGCCAGCAGCCGCCGCCGCCUUGUUGCAGUGAUCGCGCUGUGGCCACUCCUCUUGUCACCUUCGCAAAUGUGACCAUCUGACAGUGGUGACAGUUGCCAAGGUGACGGACCUCGUGGGCGCCGCCUCCUCCUCCCUAACCGCGGUAGCUGUUUGCUGUUGCUUGAGCAGUCAUGGCUACCGGUCACCGAGACUGCUGACACGCCGUCAUCUUCACCCUCCCUCGCUAACCCCCCCUGUCACACUGUGACCCCCUCUGAAUCCUGUAACACACACUCGACAUGGUAAAGACUGACACCGCCACCCUGCCACCCCCCCACGACCACUGACUGAAGGUGUGAAAAGAGGAAUGUGAGGAGAGAGCGAGAGGGAGCAAUACAGAAAAGCAGACGGAAUGUACAAUAGAGUAUUAUCACUUAGACUGAGCAGGAGUGUCGUCCUCUUUCCCACGUGUCCAAAUCUAUAUUUUAUCAAAGUACCCACAGGUAACUAAAUAUGCAUUUCGAUCACAUUCAUAAACAUCUGCAUUGACUGAAGCAUUUCACCACCAUCCUGUCUGAGCAGUGUGUUGGGACUGUACAUGGUGCACUGCUAUUGUUUUUUUUGGGGUUCUUUUUUUUUUUGUCAGUGUUAAAAUGGCAUCUAACACAUGGAGGUUCACUGGCAGCGGUGUCCACUCGGACACUGACUCGUAGUAGAAGUUGGUAUGUGGUAUGUAGAAUAACAAGUUCUGUUUUUAAGGUCAGGGCCCGUUCAUAUUUGCUCCAACCUGUUUUAUUAGGGGGGGGAAAAAAAGAGAAGUUUCACACUGAUUUGGUCGAUCCAGUGUCCCCAUCUGCGUCACUGUGCUUCCACUUUGAAUCAAAUCCACUGUGGGACCCUUUUUUUAUUUCGCAAGCUACUACCGCCCCCUAGCAUUGUCAGAACAAACUGCUACCCCCCCCCCAGAAUAGUUUCCAAUGGAAUUUCUAUUCCUUUUUAUCAGCUCCUGGCAGAAGGGAGAUGAAUGCUGUUGCAUGUAGCUUAUACUGAGAGUACAAAAAGUAGGUUCUGAAUGUUGACCCAGAACCCCUUUAGCGUGGUUUCGAGUGCCGUAGAUCCAUAGUAACAUCCCUCUUCAUGCCCAUAGAGCACACAUGAAAUGCCACUCGGGUAGAGGGAGAGGCCGUGCGAGCGGACCUUCAUUGAGAAUUAGCUCCAUGGGAUUUUGGUGACGUUUAAUAGUUUGCUAAUUAAAAUCUGGGCAACUCUAUAUGAACGCUCAGUAGUGAAACAUCUACAUAGCCUGUUUGGGUUAUGUCUGAAAAUAGCCUGACAAUAGACUUCUAAAAUUAGCCUCAACUACAGAUUGUUUUAAGGGCCUUGUUGACAAUCAUGUCAUCGUCACGCGAUUCCAUUUUUCAGGGUUAAAGCAAACAAUGUGGGGAAGCCUUAAGUCACAGCCGAUCAACACCCGAUGGGAAAAGUCCCAGGAGUUCAUUUCAAAACAUUCUCCCUUCUCAUCCCGCGGAGGAUCAGUGUUGCUCAGCAGCUCCGAACUUACUGCCAGCGUACUUGCCAGGUAACUGCCAAUGGGAACCAGACUCAACUUUGUCACGGACAGACUCCGGUAGGGGACGGAUCUUUAACUGUUACUCUGUGCACUUGGGGGGGGGGGAAAAAGGAAGGGGGUCAGAAAAAUCUGUGUAAUGAUACUGAAUGUGAAAAACAAGUGUAACCUGUUUUAUGUGAAUGGAAAACUAUUGCUUGUUACACUCCAAAUGAUAAACACACUGGUGACUUGGGUUUAUGCAUUUAACCUUAUAUCUGUGUAUAUUGUCACGAUCCAAGUGCGGCACUCAGUGAGUUUUAUAUUGCUGUAAAUGAAAGAAGUGUGUGUGUGUGCGUGCGUGUGUCAUGUGAAGCGCAUGCAUGCUACUAUGUGAAAGCGUGCGUGAUGUGUACUUUUUUUUUUUUGCUUUCGAGUUCCAUGAAUGUGUCUAUGUUUCUGAUGUGUGUCAAGCAGUCUGCACCUACACUCAGCAGGAGAAUCAAUACUUUUCUUUUCCAGGAGAACAUUUCCAUAUCCUGAAUUUAUCAUAACUUGCAUCAAGUUUUUUCGGUUUUGCAUCGUGUCGGCUUUACACAUGUAGUAGAUACUUUCUGUUUCUUUUGUAAAUAACGGCUUGAGUUGAAGCGUCGCCGUGCCGAGGUGAGAGCUUGAGCGCAAAAUGGCUUUGUGUGCAAUGAGAUCAUUUCAAGUUUUUUUGUUUUGUUUUUAAUUUGCAGUGAAAUGUUCAUUCAAUUUCUUUCCCUUUUUUUCAUCUUGUCAGGUGAAUUUGCUCGAAAUGUUUUAGCCCAUCAGGUAUCAAGAGACUAUUUAACUUGUGACUGAGCUUGUGUGACACUGUAUUGUUUCCGUCUCUGAUGAUUCAUGCACCUUUCUUUUCCCCUGUAUUGUUUUUAAUAACAAGGCACACAAUUAAGUAGGAUUUGUCAUUUCCCCCCCCAAAAAAUCAAUAAAUUCUGCUUUUAAUUCAGAACAAUAUUGGGUAUUUGAAGGCAGCAUGUUGGAAAACUGUCGUUCUAAACUAGACAACUCCUGAAACUGACUCAUCCUUUUUUUUUUUCCUUUGUUCCUGAAUGUGUGCACUUAAAAAUAAACACGACAAAUGUAAUUUGGAGCAUAUUGAGCCGGCAUGGACAGAUAAUGUAUGGGCACACUUGAGUGUGAAUCGUGGUUAAACAUGCAGUGGGAUAUGACAUUCUGGUUAAUGUUGAAGCUACACGAGAAGCAUGGAAGGCUGUCAAAGUGGUUUACUCUUUAGUAUAAUGUUGCAAAAAUAUUUUGUAUUUUAAAUGACGUUUAAAAAAAAAAGAUGAAAUAAAUGUUGGUUUCAGGA